AUGGUAACAGGUGGAAAUACAGUUUUUGAGUUAGGAGUAUUGCGCAUUUGCGGACUGGAGGUGACUACAGGAAAAGUGUCAAGAGUAGAGGCAAUGAAUGGCUCCACAGUGCUGUUACCAUGUAACUAUUCCUCCUGCAUUGGCAUUUACAAUCUCUACUUCAGCUGGCAUUAUAACGACAAUGGAACGAUGAUCAAGUUAUGUGAUGGUGUGGUUCCCAGCGAAGGUGUUGAACCCAAGGUCAAAGUAGAACACAAGCGAGUAGAGUUCGUGGGCUCUUCGAAGAGCCGUGAUAUAUCCAUUCUGCUGUGGAACAUCACAUUUGAAGACGAUGGAGAAUACACUUGUUUCGCGAAAAACCCUAAGGAAAAGGGCCGCAACCACAGCACUAUCUUCACUCUCAGAGUGGUUGAUGAAAUGACCGUAAUUGACAAUACAUUAACUGUCAUCAUCGUCUCAGUGUUGGCUGGAGUCAUUGGUUUAGUUAUCAUUGUGAUGAUAAUAAAGGCCUUGGUGGUCCAAUUCCUACUGAAGGAUGAUGAAAAGAAUAAAGAGUGCCUGGUUAACGCCUCAGGGAACGACAACACCGAAAAUGGACUUACAGGAGCCAAAGCUGACAACAAAGGAACCCCAAAGGCAUGA